AUGGUUCCAGGCGCCGGGCUCCCCGCCUCCCCGGCGCUGUGCGGACCGCGAGCCCGAGCGGCGGCGGCGCGGGACCCCAGGGCCCCGGAGUGCGCGGUGCCGGGCACGCUGCUGCUGCUGCUCGCCUACCUGGCCUACCUGGCCCUGGGCGCCGGCGUGUUCUGGGUGCUGGAGAGCCCCGCGGCGCGCGACUCCAGCGCGAGGUUCCAGCGCGACAAGUGGGCUCUGCUGCGGAACUUCACGUGCCUGGACGGCCCGGCGCUGGACUCGCUGAUCCGGGGCAUCAUCCAAGCCUACCAAAGUGGGGACAUUGUCCUUGGCAACACCACCAGCAUGGGGCGCUGGGAGUUCGUGGGCUCCUUCUUCUUUUCCGUGUCUACCGUCACCACCAUUGGCUAUGGCAACCUGAGCCCCCGGACCAUGGCCGCCCGCCUCUUCUGCAUCUUCUUUGCUCUUGUGGGGAUCCCGCUCAACCUCGUGGUGCUCAACCGACUUGGGCAUCUCAUGCAGCAGGGGAUGCACCGCUGUGCCCGCAGGCUGGGGGGCACCUGGCAGGACCCGGCCAAAGCUCGGUGGCUGGUGGGCUCCAGCACCCUCCUCUCAGGCCUCCUGUUUUUCCUGCUGCUGCCCCCGCUGCUCUUCUGCCACAUGGAGGGCUGGAGCUACGUGGAGAGUUUCUACUUCGCCUUCAUCACCCUCAGCACCGUGGGCUUUGGCGACUAUGUGAUUGGGAUGGACCCCUCCCGGAGGUACCCGCUGUGGUACAAGAAUACAGUGUCCCUAUGGAUCCUCUUUGGGAUGGCGUGGCUGGCCUUGAUCAUCAAACUCAUCCUCUCCCUGCUGGAGACACCAGGGAGAUCGUAUUCCUAUCACCACAGCUCCAAAGAGAACUUCAAGGCCCAAAGCUGGAGGCAGAGCCCGGAUGGGGAAGCAGAACCCCGUUCGCCACAGCCAGGAUGCUCUCCGGAGGAGCCUAUGGGAAUCAUCCAGCACCCAGAACCCUCUACUCAGGUCUCAUGCUGUGGAGAGGGCAACUAGUUAUAUACUACAGUAUGUGUUCCAUCUUCUUCCUCAGCAACAAGACCCCUCGUUUUAAGCUUGGCACAUGAUCAUCCAGACUAAAGACUACAUUUUUUAAAAUCUCCCCUUGAGGCUAUUUGCAGCUAUAUGCUUAAAUUCUGAAUACACAGAGAAGUAUCCUGUGCGACUUAAGAACAUGAUUUUUCGUAGCAGUGGGGUAGGGGGGCACGUGCUCCUCUUCGCUACUCCUUUUUCUCGCUGGCUGCAAUGCUGAUAUAGUGGCUGGAGCAUUGGCAGCAGUGCUGCACCCUGAGGAAGAGGCCGUGUUCAAGAUUGGUGACACAGUAAGAUAGGAAGAGCCCGGGUUCCUGAUGGUUGCAUAACAAUCCUGGACUUGAACACCUCUAGACUUCACUUGUGGGAGAGAGAAAUAAAUGUCGACCCUAUCUACUACAA